UCGUUUACAAAGAAACAACACCAGACCAGGGAGAAGGAAGCAACGAGUGUGAUUCCUCCACACCCAUAGUCAACAUUUGGAAUCAUUCUAGAAAGGAACUUUUGAAUUGAUGGAAGCUUCAGUUUUGCAUGUAUGCCUGCGUGUCUUAUGGUUUGCUUCUCGUAUUUGAAGACUCUCGCAUACAAAACAAAACAUUGGUAUAAUUUAGUAGUUGGGAAGGAGGAUACCUUAAAAGAGUUGCUUAGAAAAUACAAGCACGAGAUAUGAUGGCAUGUUUCGUACCUUUUAACAACAAGAAUUUGGACCUAAGUUUCUUUGUUUUCAAGCCAACUAUUGUAAUCAUAGAUGACCUCGUUCAUGGCCUCAAACAGUUUUCCUUAAGCACUGAGAGUCUUGGUUGUAUUCAAAGCUCUAUAUUUAGGAGCAUCCAUGGAAAUAUGAUCAUAUGGUAUGGAGCAUGGCAGAGGCGAUCCAGUAAGGAAAAAGAGCAGCUAACCUCAACCCUUAAAUCAAUGUUAACCAAGAACAUAUCAAGCAUGGCUGUCUUAACUGAUCACAGUUUCCUUGAAGCAUACGGUGGAGAAUCAAGAGAUGGCUCUUCAACAGCAAAAAUCUCUAGUGGGGACAUAAUAUCCUUGAACUCAGCAGUCACCACUACUAAUGACCUUAAUGACCUCUGCUAUGCUGUUCUAGCAAUUCUAAGGUCACGCUUUGCCAAAAUGGAAGGCAUAACCUCAGGCCUUUGCUUCAAGGGACAAACCAAACCAAGAGUGGUGUGCAUUCAUGUGUGGAAGUGUCUCCAUUUUUGUUAUUCAUGGAUUCUCAACUCUGACCAUAGAAAUUGGAUGAUGCCAUAUCUUGAACGUUUCUCUAUCGACAUGAAGUAUGAUAUUUUCCGAGUAGUCUAUGUUAGUGGUGACAAUGUGGCUGAUCUUAACUAUGUUUCUGCUCAGAAGCUGUUAGAAAAUGGGAAAGAGAGUAGUAGACAAGGGCAGGUUAUGCAGAACUGAGGGUACUGCUGCAAAGGAGAAAUUAUUACAUGAGACCACGUAGCAAACCAUAAUUACAUUUUUAAUUUAGAAGCAAGAGUUAAUAAUAUAUCACAUAUUGGUGAUUCUCAAUGUAGAGGGUUUUGAAGUUUAGAAUCAUCACCUUUGCUAAGUUUCCCCCCCCCCCCCCC